AUGGUAGAAAAGAUGGCCUCCUUCGGCCGGAUCCUGCUGCGACGCAGGGCACUGGAUUGCUCCGAUGAGGGAACCCGCUUUGCCCGCUGCCUCUCCACACUGGACCUGGUAGCCCUGGGGGUGGGCUCCACCCUGGGGGCAGGGGUGUACGUCCUGGCUGGUGAAGUGGCCAGGGAGAAGGCUGGACCUGCCAUCGUUCUCUGCUUCCUCAUCGCUGCACUCUCCUCUAUGCUGGCCGGACUCUGUUACGCCGAGUUUGGGUCCCGCGUACCCAAGACGGGUUCGGCGUACCUGUACAGUUAUGUGACGGUUGGUGAGAUCUGGGCCUUCAUCACGGGAUGGAACCUCAUCCUCUCCUAUGUCAUCGGUACAGCCAGUGUGGCCCGAGCCUGGAGCUCUACAUUUGAUAAUCUAGUGGAGGAGAAGAUCUCCUUCUUCUUCAGGUCUUCCAUGGCCAUGAAGGUCCCGGGGGGCGUGCUGGCUGAAUACCCUGACCUGUUUGCACUCAUCAUCGUGCUCUUAUUAACUGGACUGCUGGCAUUUGGAGUGAGUGAGUCUGCCUUGAUCAAUAAGAUUUUCACUGGGGUCAACCUGGUGGUGCUGGGCUUCAUCAUCAUCUCAGGCUUUGUGAAGGGAGACACAGCCCACUGGAACCUCACCCUGGAGGACUUUGUUAAUACCUACCCCAACUACACCAACACCUCCAGCAUAUCCCAGGAGGUUGUGGAUAAGAUGUUUGGCUCAGGUGGUUUUGCUCCUUUUGGCCUCAGUGGCAUUCUGUCCGGUGCUGCUACCUGUUUCUACGCAUUCGUUGGUUUCGACUGCAUCGCCACUACCAGCGAAGAGGCUAAGAACCCCAUGCGUUCCAUCCCCGUGGGCAUCGUGGCCUCUCUGCUCAUCUGUUUCUUCGCCUACUUCGGGGUGUCUGCAGCCCUCACCCUCAUGAUGCCUUACUACAUGCUGGACACCCGGAGCCCCCUGCCAGAGGCCUUCAACUACGUGGGCUGGUAUCCUGCUCGCUACAUCGUGGCUGUGGGUUCCCUCUGUGCUCUCUCCACCAGCCUGCUUGGGUCCAUGUUCCCCAUGCCGAGGGUGAUCUACGCCAUGGCAGAGGAUGGGCUCCUGUUCCGUGGCCUGUCCCGCAUGAACACGCGCACCAAGACCCCCGUGAUGGCCACUAUCGUCUCUGGCUGUGUGGCAUCUCUGAUGGCCUUCCUCUUUGACCUGGCUGCCCUGGUUGAUCUCAUGUCUAUAGGGACACUGCUGGCCUACUCACUAGUGGCCAUCUGUGUGCUUAUCCUCAGGUACCAGCCCGGCACCCUGAGCUCAUCCAGUCAGACAGAAAAGCUAGUGGAGCUGGUUGGAGGGGAGAAGGUGGCCCGGGGGGACAGUGGAGAUGAGUAUGGCCUGGAUCUGGAGGACUGCCCCCUCAGGGAAAAAUUCACCCCCUGCCUCCUCCUCUUCCCCAGUGGUGCCUUACCCACCAAGACCUCCGGGAACAUCGUCUAUGCCACCACGGCCAUUAUCUCGGUGCUCAUCACUGUGCUGUGUGUGGUGCUGGCAGGGAAGCUGGAUGAGUUGAUGGAGGUUCAGCCUGUGUGGGUCACAGUGUGUGUAGUCUUGGCCCUGCUCUGUGCCCUUUGUGUCAUUAUCAUCUGGAGACAACCAGAGAGCAAGGAAGCUCUCACCUUCAAGGUGCCCCUGCUGCCUUGGCUGCCUCUGUUCAGUGUCUUUGUCAACAUCUACCUCAUGAUGCAGCUGGACCUGGCUACGUGGUGCCGUUUCGCUGUGUGGAUGGCCAUUGGAUUUGCAAUCUACUUCUUUUAUGGGAUUUGGCACAGCAGUGCGGCAGCCAGCAGCACCCCUGGGAAAUAUGAGCCUGCCCUCCAGACCAAGAAGAAGCCCAUCUACCUGGGGGGAGACGAGAGUGAGGUGGAGGGGAUGAGCCCCUGAACGGCUGGAGGAAACCCCACACAUUAUACCUCUGCAGUGAAGGCAGACAAUUCAACUGACUGACACUACAAUUCAUCAGUUUUUUUCUUCUUUCAUUUUUGGGAUAUCUCUGUUUUAAGCUUUAUUGGACAGUUGAGGAAUGCUAUUUUUAACAGUUGAAACAUUGCUAUUAACAUUACUAGUGAUUUUAUUUAUUAGAAGUUAGUCUCUUCCAAGUUUGAUUGUGUCUGUGCCUCUAAUUGUUAGCCCCUGGUGUCCAGCAGCAAUAUGAACUUCAGCUGGCCAGGAGUGUUGGUUAGGGCCAUGUGUAAACAGAGUACCAGUGUGUCUAUGGGGUUUACAAUCUUGGUCAGAGCCUCGGUGUACUUUGAUCAACAGCACAGGGUUAGUGGAUCGCUGGCGUAGACAAACUGUCCUCCAUCACCUGUCACAGAGCAAUGUAUUUAACAGUAGGGCCUUGUAUGCCUUGUGGCAGAAACUAGUAUUUAUUGUUGGUGUCAGCUUGUUCUGUAAGAUGAGAUAUCACCACAGAGACGUGGGAACUAAAUAUCCUAAAGGCAUUUAUGAACAAUCUGUUGUCAGUGAUGUCUUUGUCAUUUAAAAUGUUUUUAAACAUAUGGUAAACUAGUCAAAGUAAUGAUGUAAGUUAUUGUCUUCACGGUGGUUAGUCCCUGUGUAACUGAAGCAGUAUAUGCAUAUUAGGUUCAUCCGAAGAAUACAUGGAGAUAUUGUAGCUCUUCCUUAAAGUUGAUGAAACGACAUCCUGGCACCACUACAUUUAGCUGGCUGCUGUGUCAUCUUAAUUUGAUAUAUUUUGGGCCGUACUGUACUCUUGUACCCUCACCCUUCAUGUAUCUCUGUUUAUCUCUCUGGAGUUUGGCUUUACAAAUCAGAACUACCCUUUUUUUUAUAUGGACAUACUUGAGUUUGAGAUUUCUGCCUGCCUCGAAUGCUUGAGCUGUCUACAGAUGUGUAAUAAAGACCAGUACCCCGGGGGUCUAUUCACUGGCUCUGUGUUGAAUCUUAAAGGCAGUGACUUUAGUCCUGGUCAUGCACUACCACUGAUGUAACUUUAGUUGUAGAUGCUUGUGAAAACAUGUUAGCAAAUGUUUUUUUUUAGUUUCCGUUGAAACUUGUUCUUGGGAGCUUAGCUGUCGAGUUUGCAUCAUUUUAUCUAAGCAUUCUAUUCUGUAGAAUUGUUUUAUAUGUAGUUCUUUUAUGCCUUUCAAAUUACAUUAAUCAAGUAAUGUCAUUUUAUAGAUGUUAUUGUAUUCUUACAUGUACAGUUUUUAAAGUACUCUUGAUGACCCCCUUUCUUUAAUGAUUUACUUUAUAUAGCAAAACUUUUCCACCACCAAAUGAUUGAGACUUCAACUCGUGAUUCCAUUUGCUAUUAAUCACUAGUUGUGGUGCUGCUUGACCAAAAUGCAGUGGGCAUUGGAGACACUAGGUCAAGGACAUAAGGAAUUUGACCAGCAAAAUCUGCUCUCUAAAUCUGAAGUAUAUUUGUGCUCAGCUGUAAAGACACGAGUUGGUGAGGAUAAUUGAGUUCUAUGGUUUCUUAAAGGAAAAUACCAUCCAAAAACUGAUGCAUUAUAUGAUGCAAAAUGCAUCAUACCAACUGUAUUUCUGUAUUUAGAAAAUGAUAUCUUAACUUGAUUGUUGACUUGCAAAAGUUGUUGGGCCGAUAUCAACAAUGGACUAAUGAAACAAAUACCAAAAUAGGAUUUGUGUGGAGUUUUCCUUUUAAGUGAGUUGUUGUAGUACAGUAAUAACUAAUGUACAGUAUGUGUAUAGCUGUAACAUAUUUGUAUAAAGCUGUAUAUUAUACAAAUGGACACUAAUUCAAAGGAGGUGUUUUAUACUUGUGCUUCUUAACAUACAUUUUAACAAACUAUUGUUUCUUGAGAACUUGUAAGAAUCUCAAAAAGAAACCAGUGCCUGAAAAUACCGCCCGCCUCAGAUACCAGGGGCCGGUAAACCAAGGCUCAUAUCAGGCCAUAGUACUGAUUGAUCAGUACUACUCUAAAUGCUGUCACAUAAAUAUCAAUUAUAUUUUUGGUCUUUGGUUUUAUAUACUGUGAAUAUAUGCCUGUCAUGUAGAAAUGAGCUGUAUUUUCAAUGUCUUUUCUAAAUAAAUGUUUAUUAUAAUGACA